CGAAGAAGCCCGUGGUUCAGAAAUAGUGGAGUGUGUGAAAUUUGGGGCUAAAAUCGCGCUUUAAACAAUUGGUUAUAUAGCGCUACAAUGGCUCAAAAUUCAGUGUCGAAAUUGUAUCAAAGUGUCAUUGACGACGUUAUUAAUAAUGUACGAGAGUCUUUUCUCGACGAAGGCGUGGACGACCAAGUUCUUCAGGAACUCAAACACAUUUGGGAAAGCAAAUUGGCGCAAUCCAAAGCCUUAGAUCAACAAAAUGACACUGUGUUAGUCCAAUAUGCAGCUCGUUCAGCAGCCGAGCCUACUAUGAGUGCAUCAGCACAAGCAGCCACUCUGGCUUUACCAGAGGGAAUACUCGCAUAUCAGCCUCAGCAACUAACGUCCAGCGUUGCCUUACCUACAGCAACAGAAAUACGAAAUUCAUGUUGUAAGGUUGACAUUCCCUAA